AUGUCGGGCACACUACUCUACAGUGUCAACAAUAUCCAAGCCUUUCACAUUCAAGAUGGCGAAGAACAAGAGUUGACCCCGUCUGGAGCUCAGACUCUCUCCCUUCUCAUGGUCCCAACCUCUACUGUACCUCAACAAGAUGCAUCUGUGCCACCAUACGCUCCAGGUGCGGGCACAGUGACUCCCGAGGAAGAUUUCUACCUUCACCUUUGUCUUCCACCAGAGCUGGAUCUAGCCUUACCUGCGACUACUCAGAUCUUCCACCAACCGCCUAAUAGCUAUCUCAUUCCCCGCUGGGAUCUAGCUGAGGGUGCUUUUCUGCGCAUUCAGUUCCCUGGAGUUGGAUCCGGACCAAAUGACGUAACUCAAGAUGAUAUCGAUACUUUCGAAACUAUUCUCGCGCAAUGCACUGCGUUCCAUGAACGUGCUGCGUCCGCUCCUCAGAAGUCCGAUGGGAAGUCCAAGGGAUACGCAGCAUACAACCCGGCAGACUAUGCGCCGGGCGAGGGAUACGUUUCAUCUGGAGGUCCUUCAGAUAUGCAUGGUAGAAUUGUGCUGGUAGAUGAAGAAGACGGUAGCGUCAUGGGUGAACUGGGUGAUGCCUACGAUGUUGUCGAGGAUCCAGACGUCAAACCAGGAUCUAAAAGACCCGUCAACAUUGAACUCCCCAGCGAGGGAGAAGGAAACCGCGUCAACGUCAGCAACGUUUCCGAAGAAUACCUCGCCAUGUCCCGACACCCCGCAUACAAAAAGUCAACCAUUGUCCAGACAUCCGCUACAGCAUCUCGUCUGAUAGUCGCCACAUCGACAUCACUCGCGAACGCCCUAACCAGCGGCGCAGAGAGCUUCACCAAGAAAACAAAGCCGAACCAGAAGCCACUUACCUUCUCCGACACCACGCACGCUCGUCUCCGCAAAGUCGGAACCUUCUCCACCGGAGCCGCAGACUUCUCCUCCCGCACGCUAGGUCAAGUAGAGCGAGUCGCCCAGAAUCUAGGAGCUUCGCUCGCCCGCAACAAUAACAACAACAACACCCCCAAGACCAAAGGAUUCGACAAACACAACCCACCACCAGACUACAAGCCCGGUGUUCUGAACAAGUCAAUGAUCGCCUUUUCCACAUUGGCAGAUGGUAUCCAAGAAGGAGCAAAAAGUAUCCUUCUCACGGGUACAUCUGCCACCAGCACAAUGAUCGGACAUAAGUACGGUGCCGAAGCCGGAGAUGUAGCCCACAAUUUAACUGGCGGCGUUAAAAAUGUCGGGCUAGUGUAUAUCGAUGCUACAGGUGUUAGUCGCCGUGCGCUUCUCAAGUCCGUCGCUAAGGGCAUGGUUGUUGGACGAAUGCGUGAUGGGAAGCAGGUUGUUGUUGGUGGCGGGGAUGGAGGCGAGAUGGAUCCUAAUGCAAAUGCAACUGCAAAUGCGGGAACAUCUGGAUCUAGUUCGCGAGAGCAAGGAAAUCCUACACCGCCACCUGCAUAUGGUGCUCAGGGGACGACUUCGCUGGGUGGCACGCCUAUGACGAUGUCUGGGGGUAAGCGGUGA